AUGCAAAGCCAUCAUAAUUUACAGCCUCCAAAGAAAAGAAACUUUUCAGAUAAUCAGAAUGAUGAUGGUAAUAGCAAUAACAGUAAUAAAGAACACCUUAGUAAAAAAGCAACGAAAAAAAUUUUUAGUCAAGAAGCUACUCUUCAAAUUGAGCAUAUAGUAACUGACACAUUUCAAGAAGAAUCAACAAGAGAAGUUGCACCCUCUACUAGUGAUUUAUUAAAAGAACAGAAAAUGCCUUUGGUUUUAAGACACGAGGUAAGACACCAAGUAGCAAUACCUCUAAAUUACGUAUACAUACCCAUUUCUCAACACACAAGGUCAAAUGAACCAGCUCGAAUAUACCCAUUCAAGCUUGAUCCAUUCCAAGAAUACGCGAUUUCUUGUAUAGAACGUUCAGAAUCUGUUUUAGUGAGUGCUCAUACUUAUGCUGGUAAAACAGUUGUAGCGGAAUAUGCCAUUGCUCAAAGUUUAAAGAGUAAACGAAAAGUCAUAUACACUACUCCAAUCAAAACAUUAAGUAAUCAGAAAUAUAGAGAAUUACAACAUGAAUUUAAAGAUGUUGGUUUGAUGACUGGCGAUGUUACUCUUAAUCGAAACUCUAGUUGUAUAGUAAUGACAACUGAAAUAUUACGCGGUAUGUUGUAUCGAGGAAGUGAAAUGCUAGAUGAAGUAGCUUGGGUUAUAUUUGACGAAAUACAUUAUAUGAAAGAUAAAGAUCGCGGUGUUGUAUUAGAAGAAACUAUCAUAUUGUUACCGCAUAGCAUUCACACUGUAUUUUUAUCUGCCAUAAUUUCAAAUUCAAUGGAGUUUGCUGAAUGGAUUUGCAAAACACAUCAUCAGCCAUGUCAUGUUGUUUAUACAGAUUUUCGUCCCACACCUUUGCAGCAUUAUAUUUAUAUUGAUCAUUCAAAUGAAAUUUGCUUACUGGUUGAUGAAAAAGGCACAUUUUAUGAAAAUGCUUUCCGGAAAAAAAGUAGAGAACCUUUCAAUGCAGAACCAAAAAAUUCUGAUAAUACCAAAUCAAGAAGAAAUGAUGAAAAAGAAUUGAUAACUAAAGUUGUGGACAAUGCUAUGGAUUUGUUAGCUGAGGAGGAUCGUCAAUUAAAAUCAAUACAUGAUUUAUUGUCAUUGUUAAAAUGUGGUAUCGGCAUUUAUCAUUCAGAAUUAUUACCUUUUUUGAAAGAAGUGGUCGAGCUUUUAUUUCAAGAAGGCCUGAUUAAAGUGUUAUUUACCACCAAAGCAUUUUCAAUUGGGUUAAAUAAGCCUGCAAAAACUGUUGUUUUUUGUGAUUUGACAAAAUUUUAUGGGUCAACAAAUAGAAAUCCAACAUCCGGAGAAUACAUUCAAAUGUCUGGUCAAGCUGGUAGAAGAGGUAUUGAUGAUCGUGGCCAUGUAAUAAUGGGCCUUGGUAGUAAAUAUCAUUUGACUAAGGAUAUGAUUAAGGGAGAACCUAAUUCUUUAUUAUCAGCAUUUCAUUUAAAAUAUCAUAUGAUAUUAAAUAUGUCAAUAAUUGAAGGUAUAAGUCCUGAAUAUAUGUUAAAAAAUAGUUUUUAUCAAUUUCAAAAUACCUUACCAAUUUCUCAACUACAAGCAGAAUUGAAAAAAGUACAAGGAAAAAUAAAAGAGCAUAAAAUAGAGAAUGAAGAAUCAGUAGCACAAUAUUAUUCAUUUGUUAAACUUAAAGAGGAAAUUACUGGCGAGUUUAAUGGAUACAUCACAAGUCCAAAACACUGUAUGAGAUUUUUAACUCCAGGUAGAUUGGUAUGGGUGAAAUAUGAUGAUAUGGAUUUUGGUUGGAAUAUGGUCAUUAAAUGUGAAGAGAUAAUAAAUCCUGGAAAAGCAACUCAUAAAGUAAAAGUGUUGUUGCACUGCUCUAAUAAUUCAUUUGUGAAUAGUGAAAGAGUUGAUGUCAAGCCAUGCCCAGUAAGCUUAAAUGAUGGUGUUAUGCUGGUUGUUCCAAUAAAACUUAAAGAUAUACAAAAAAUCAGUCAAAUAUGCCUUCAUGCGGGUGAAAAUAUCGAGCAUGAACAUCAUCUAAUGCAUUUAGCUUAUGAAACUAUUAAUGAUAUUCUUUCAAAACAUCCGACUGGUGUGCCAUUAGAUCCAAUAAAAAUGAGAUUAAUUGAAGAGAAUAUUAAUAAACAUCCAAUUAAUCAAGAUCCAUUAAUAAUAGAACAAUAUACCAAAAGAUUGAAUUUAGUAGAACAGAGUAAAACAUUAAAAAGCAGAAUUCGCAAAGCAGAAUCAGUUCUUCAAUUUGAUGAACUUAAAAAAAGAAGACGUUUAUUACGGAGAAUGGGUUACUUGUCAGAAAAUAAUAUGGUUGAGCUCAAGGGUAGAAUAGCAUGUGGAAUUAAAUCAGGUGAUGAAAUAGUUUUAACCGAGUUAUUGUUGAAUGAUGUUUUCAAUAGUUUGUCAGCUGAAAUGACUGCUGCGCUACUUAGUUGUUUUAUAAUUGAUGAAAUAUCGGAUGGAAGGAAUGCUAUAAUUCAAGAAUUCAUAGAACCAUAUAAUCAAAUUUUAGAGACAGCUAGAAUUGUAGCUGAGAUUACUGAAGAGUGUGAUAUUGCUAUUGAUAAAGAAAAAUAUAUAGCAAAAUUUUCACCUAGGUUGAUGAAAAGUGUGUAUGCUUGGUGUAAUAAUUUUAAAUCUACGUACGUACAUCCAACAUCUACUUCCAAUCGUCAAAUUUACAUUUCAUAUCACACAUCUCAAACAACACACAAAAUGCCAUCAGGAAAUACUUCAACGGAUUCCACCAAAGCAUUCAUAAAUCUCACGAAUCGUAGUUCAAGUAGUAGUAUAAAUGAAGAAUCUGAAAUUAUAAAUGAUUCGUCAGAUCAUGAUAUUACUCGCGGCUUGAUUUAUAAUUUUGGAGAGAUUAGUGAUGAGUUAAUUAAAGCUGAAAUAGAUACUGGAGAUGUACAAAAUAAAUUUUCAUGGUCAAAGUUAUGGAAAUAUACCGGUCCUGGAUUUUUAAUGUCUAUAGCAUAUCUUGAUCCUGGGAAUUUAGAAGCCGAUCUUCAAACAGGUGCAGUUGCAGCUGGUUUGCUGAUACAAUGUUUAUCAGCCAGAGUUGGUGUAGUAACAGGGAUGCAUUUAGCUCAAUUAAUAAAAAAAUAUUAUUCACGUCCUAUCUCAACAAUACUUUGGAUAAUAACCGAGAUAGCUAUUAUUGGUUCCGACAUACAAGAGAUAGUUGGUACUGCAAUAGCAUUAAAAAUUAUUUUUGGAUUACCUUUAUGGGUUGGUACAUUGUUGACUGCAAUGGACACUUUCACUUUCAUGCUAUUACAAAAUUAUGGUGUCAGGAAAUUAGAAGCCUUCUUCAUGCUCUUAAUUGGCUUGAUGGCUGCUUGUUUUUGGAUAGAAAUGUUCAAGAGCGAUCCUGAUGUUGGUGGAAUAAUAACUGGAAUGUUAUUGCCUUCUGUUCCUUCUACUGCUGUUAUACAAGCUGUUGCAAUGAUUGGCGCUGUGAUGACUCGUAAGACAGAUCCAAGCUCUAAAGCAAAACUUAAAGAAGCAAAUUUUUAUUUUGCAAUAGAAAGUGGCAUUGCAUUGCUUUGUUCAUAUUUGAUAAAUAUGGCCAUUGUUGUUGUUUUUGGUACAAUUUUCUACAAACCAGGUGAUGACUCGCCUCAUCUACCAGGUUUAUAUGAUGCUGCUGAUGCUUUGACUAAAACUUUGGGUAAAGGUGCAAGAUAUCUUUGGGCAUUUGGUUUAUUGGCUGCUGGCCAAAGUUCUACCAUGACUGGUACUUUGGCUGGUCAAUAUGUGAUGGAGGGAUUUUUUGGUAAAAUUUUUACAAAUCCUUGGCAACGUGUUGCCGUAACUCGUGGAAUUGCUUUAGUACCAUCAAUGAUGGUUGCUGUUCUUGCUGUUGAAAAUUUUGAUACAAUGGGUGAAUUUUUAAAUGUACUUCAAAGUUUGUGCUUGCCAACUGCUCUGAUUCCAAUUUUAAAGAUUAUAAGUUCUAAAAAUAUAAUGGAAGAACUACCCAAUUUGUAUGUUGGUUAUGUUCUUGUUCUCAGUGAUGAAAUAAAUUAUUUAAAUGUUAUAAUUUUGGAAGAAAUAAAUGCAUGCUUUUCCAAUAUUGGUUUGUAA